AUGUCUUUUUUUGUUCGAAAUCGAAAUCAACGAGUGCGAAAUGCAGAAAGUGGCAAUAAACUGAAACGCAAACUAACACUUCCAAAGUUGUCGAAACGCAAAGCGAGACUGGCUAAUGAAGAUAUUUCAUCGGAUGAUGACCAGUUGUCGGGAGAAGAAAAUAAUAAUUACGUUACCACUCCGAGUGACGAAGAAGAAUACCAGGAUCUGCAAGACAUUGCGUAUCAAAAGGCGAAACAGCUUUUGGCGGAUAUUCAGGCUGAAGAACAGAAUGAUGAAAGUGGAAGAUCCAUUAAUGAAGCAAUCAUUCAUCGUUUACGAGAUGAUGCUUUGUCAAAGGUCACGACUUUACAUAGACGAGUUGCUGAUGAAGUACAAUUAACUGACAGCGCUGUGCAGUACAAAGCUCACAGGUUCUCAACCGUUGCAGUUGCUUUUUCCUGUGAUGGUAGGUAUGUCGUGAGUUGCUCAAAAAAUGCAACAAUAGCCAAAUAUGAUUUGGAAGAAGGUAAAAUAGUAGCUACUGUUAAGCACCGUAAAAAGGAUGAUACAUCUCAUCAAGGUCAAAUAUUCUGUAUUGCUGUUUCGUGUAAUGAUCGAUAUCUUGCAACUGGUGGUAGUGACAAAAUUAUAAGAGUUUGGAAUUUCAGUGAUUUACAACAUGUAAAAAAUUUGACGGGCCAUACUAAUGUGGUUACAGGUUUGGUGUUCCGAUUAAAUACUCUGCAACUUUACAGUUGCUCAAGAGAUCGAAGUAUUAAACUUUGGGAUUUAGAACAGCUAGGAUAUGUUGAUACUCUGUUUGGUCACGUAGAUGCUGUCGUAGACAUUGGUGCUUUAUCAAGAGAACGUUUGGUAACCGUAGGUUCUCAUGAUCGUACAGUAAGAUUAUGGAAGAUACCUGAAGAAAGCCACUUGAUAUUUAAUGGAUAUUCCACGUGUUUAAGUAUUGAUUGCGUUGCGCUUAUCAAUGAAGAUCAUUUCGUGACUGGUUCAGCUGAUGGAAGUUUAUGCAUCUGGUCAGUCUUCAGAAAGAAGCCAGUUUGCUUCCAGGCGGAAGCACAUGGUCGCAAUCCUGACGGCCAUGCUAACUGGAUUGUGUCUGUUGCUGCUAGACAAUACACUGAUUUAGUAGCAUCAGGCGCGUGUGAUGGGUUUAUUCGUUUAUGGAAAGUUGCAGAAGAUUACAAAUCAAUAAAAAAUGUUAUAUCAUAUGCUCAAAUUGGUUUUAUUAAUCGAAUUUGCUUCUCGUAUGAUGGUGACGAGGUAGCCUGUGCUGUAGGGCAAGAGCACAAAUUUGGAAGAUGGUGGAAAAUUCCAGAAGCAAAAAAUGUUGUCACAGUGUUUUCACUAACAAUGUAA